AUGACGCAAGAUGAAAGAAAACAAAGCGAAUUCCUGGAUAAUCUAUUCCGAAACUACGAUUUGAGAAUUCGCCCGAAUUUCAACGGACCCCCUGUGGAGGUAAUAACGGAUAUGUUUGUUUCAAGUAUGGACUCUGUACAGGAAACUACUAUGAGUUACACAAUGGACAUCUUCAUGAGACAGCAAUGGAACGAUCCCAGACUGUCAUUCACCGAGUACAAUCACAGUGUAUCGGUGCAUACGCAGCUUUUGAAUCGGAUGUGGUUCCCUGAUCUCUUCUUCCCAAACGAGAAAAGAGCCUACCAGCAUGACGUCACCACAGACAACAAACUUUUACGAUUGUUUCCCAACGGCGAUAUUUUAUACAGUGUAAGGUUACUUCUUACACUGACGUGUAUGAUGUCGCUACAAAAAUUUCCGAUGGAUCGUCAACAAUGUGCAGUACAGUGCGAAAGCUAUGGAUUUACUACAAAAGAUUUAUUAUUCAAAUGGCGGGACGUUGAGCCUAUUCAAAGGGAUUCAAACCUUCAAUUGCCACAGUUUGACAUCGUUGGUACACGAACACUACUCUGCACAAAACAAUAUAACACAGGUAACUACACAUGCGUGGAAGGCCGAUUUAUCAUGACUCGACAGAUGGGAUACUAUAUGAUACAAACAUAUAUACCCAGUAUGCUUAUCGUUAUACUAUCGUGGGUGUCAUUCUGGAUCAGUGCCGAAUCAUCACCAGCUAGAGUCGCCUUGGGCAUCACUACCGUGCUCACCAUGACAACGCAGAGCUCAGGCGCCAACGAGACGUUGCCCAAAGUGUCGUAUGUGAAGGCAAUAGAUAUAUGGAUGGCCGUGUGUUUGUUAUUCGUAUUCGCCGCCUUAGUGGAAUUUGCUGCUGCUAAUUAUAAGUCUCGCAAGAAAAUAGGAAAAGCCGAUCGACAGAAACGGCAAAAAGAAAACAAGGUGAGACAAACUACUUCUCUGAGCAACGAAAACAGCGAGAACAGUACUUUACUGGAGAUGAAACCAAUACAGACUUACAUCAAAACAGAUUUUAAAUCUAUGCCAUCGACGGUUACCAGUGGCGCGCAGCUGUCGGACACCGAGGUGAAGGUGGUUCUUCACAAACCACCAGAAACAGACUGGGCACAGUACAUCGAUUACGUUUCGCGUGUAGCCUUUCCUGUGGCGUUUCUUCUGUUCAACAUAGUCUACUGGACCAUGUACAUGACAUGGUACUUUAAUCCAGACGAUGAUUAA